AUGGGGAAGACAGAGCUGCACUGUGUGUACAAAACCUUCCUGGACUGUCUUUGCCUCUGCUUGUCACGAGGAAACGGCGAAGCUGCAGCCGAGAGUGACAGGGACACAGAGAAUGGCCACCUGGUCUACAAAAAUGGGCAGAUCCUCGAGGACCGUUAUGAGAUCCUGGACACAUUGGGUGAAGGGACCUUUGGGAAGGUGGUGCAAUGUUUGGACCGCAACAGAAAUGGCCGUCAAGUAGCACUGAAGAUCAUUAAGAACAGAGAGAAGUACAGAGAAGCAGCCAAGCUGGAGAUUAAUGUGCUGGAGAAAAUUAGCCAGAAAGAUGAACACAACCUAUACCACUGUGUGCAGAUGCUGGACUGUUUCAACUACUACGGGCACAUCUGCAUCUCCUUCGAACUCCUGUCCCUCAGCACCUUCGACUUCCAGAAAGGCAACAACUUCCUGCCUUACCCGAUCCACCACAUCCGACACAUGGCCCAGCAGAUCUGCCGCGCCGUCAGCUUUCUCCAUGACAACAGGCUGACUCACACCGACCUGAAGCCAGAGAACAUCCUUUUUGUCAACUCUGACUACUCGGUCAUAUACAAUCCAGACAAGAAGUGCAAUGAGAGGCGAGUCAACGACACCACGGUGCGUGUUGUUGAUUUUGGUAGCGCUACAUUUGACCUCGAACACCACUCGACUGUUAUCUCCACGCGCCACUACCGAGCCCCUGAGGUCAUACUGGAGUUGGGUUGGAGUCAUCCCUGCGAUGUGUGGAGUAUCGGCUGCAUCCUGUUUGAAUACUAUAAAGGAUUCACACUGUACCAGACUCAUGACAAUAAGGAGCAUCUUGCUAUGAUGGAGCACAUCCAUGGACCAAUUCCUCAGAGAAUGGUUCAAAGGAGCAGAAAGCAGAGCUAUUUCCACUGUGGCCGCCUUAACUGGAACGAGUGCUCCAAGUCUGGACGCUAUGUCAAAGCCAAGUGCAAGCCUUUGCGGAAGUACCUGAUGUCACAGGGUAGAGAACACCACUACUUUUUUGACCUUCUAGAGAAGAUGCUGGAGUACGAGCCUUCCAAACGCAUCACUCUUUCCUACGCCCUGAGCCACCCUUUCUUCCUGCAACCCCAAUAUUCAGCGCAAACAGUCGGAAAUAGCUCCAAUAUGGGGCAAUAGUUCCUACCUUGAGAACAAUAAUGUUCACUGGUAGUAUUGUGGAGUACCAAACACAGUGCUACAGUGCAGAGAGAGUGGAACUAGAAACACUGCAGUCUGUUGAUUGGUUGACCAGAAUGGUCUUUUUCUGGAAACAACAGGAAUGGCACAGGACACCGCUAUAUGUUGCUCUGCCAUUUUGUCAUGCUAUUUAAGUAGAGGAUGCUGUUUUCGCUAUCCGUCAUGCAGUGGAAACAUGAGCCAGAUCAGUGUUCCAACUCUGCAGUACCAUGACUAGACAAAACGAACUGUCCUGCUUUUAAAUGCUUGUAGCGGUGACUUUUAUUUAGCGUUACUAUAGAGGCAGUGCCCCACCAGAUCGAGAUGGCGGCACUGUUUUUCAUGUAUGUAUUUUAUAUUCAAUAGAGUAGAAAAAUAA